AGCGGCGCCGUGUCCUCUGCGGCCGCCAUGCUGCCUGCCGCUCGCGCGCUGCCGCCGCGCCUGCUGCCCGCCUGGCGCUGGGCCGCGCCGCCCGCCGGCCUGCGGGGCCUGGGCACGGGCCGCGCCCGCCGCGCGGAGGCGUUGGCCGGGGCGCCGCUGGACACGGCCGACAAGGAGUACUCGCCCAAGGUGCGACAACUCGUGCGGGACAUCGCGGGGCUGACGCUGCUCGAGGUGGCCGACCUCAACGCGCUCCUCAAGGAGACACUGAAGAUCCCAGAUGUGGGGGUGAUGCCUGCAGCUGCUGCCUCUCUCUUGCCCUCCCAGGCAGCUCCACAGGAAGAGGAGGAAGUCCCACCAAAGAAAGAGAAAACACAUUUCACCGUCCGGCUGACAGAUCUGAAACCUGCUGAUAAAGUGAAGCUGAUCAAGGAGGUGAAGAACUUCGUGCCAGGAGUGAACCUCGUGCAGGCAAAGAAGCUGGUGGAGUCCCUUCCACAGGACAUCAAGGCAAACGCCUCCAAGGAGGAAGCUGAGAAGAUCAAAGCAGCGCUGGAGGCAGCAGGAGGGACCGUGGUUCUGGAAUAGACGGCUCCAUCUCACCACGGAGGGACUGGUGUGACGGCAGCCUCACCCACUGCCACCUGCCUGGGCACCGACUGCUGCCCGAGGCACGCUCCGGACAUUUCCGAUUGCCAGACAUCCCUUAGUUGUGCAGUGGGAAUGCUCUGUGGAAGCGAUCCCGUCCAAGAAUGCUGUACGGUUUGGCUGGGUUGCUGCCCAGCACCACAACGAACUCUACCGAUGUUUAAAAAAAACCUGUAAAAUGGUUCAAUCUGACAAAAAAGCAGCCUGGCCUGAUUCUCCACA